AUGAUGUUUUUACGAAGAAAUCGAGCUUUUAUUAUUGAGAGCGACCAAAGUUUUUUCAGGAAUCCUUAUUCGGACACCUACAACGUGCCACAUUACGACAAGAACGCCAGCGAUUACGGUCGGCCGCCUCCAGGCAGCAAAACGGAGGCCCGAGGCAUUCGAGCCGGUGUGCAUGUUUGCCGAGAGAUUCUCUUUCUCUGCGAGAUCAUAAACGAGAAUGCCGAAGGCGAAGAACCACACAAGUGGAUAAAAUUUGGAAAACUCUUCUAUGUAUAUGCAUUUUAUUCAGACAAGCUAGUUGGUAUGUUGAUACGAGCCAGGAAAUAUGGUCUGGUGGACUUUGAGGGUGAGAUGCUCUAUCAGAAGCAAGAUGACGAGAAGAUUGUUACGAUGAUGAUGCCAAUCGCCGAGAUUCGCACUCGAAUGCAAGCGUCCGGUGAUCCAAAAAAUUGUGUUGCUUUAGUGGGAAAGUAA